AUGAACUUUCUGAAUGUGCUCGCCAAGGCUUUGUAUGACAACGCUGCCGAGUCUCCAGAUGAGCUAUCCUUCCGUAAGGGAGAUAUUCUAACAGUGUUGGAACGAGACACACAAGGACUAGAUGGCUGGUGGCUCUGUUCACUUCACGGCCGCCAAGGCAUUGUCCCCGGCAACCGUCUUAAGGUCCUUGUUGGCAUGUAUGAUAAACAGCAAGAUCAUGGAACUCCUUCCAUUCCAGAGACAGCUUCAUCCUGUCCCACUUCCCAGAUGACACGACCUCUUCUUCCACAUAGUGCUUGCACUCAACCUCCACCAGCCCAUUACACACCAAUGCCAUCGCUUUACUCCACGCCAAAUCCGGGGCAGCCCAAAUCCGAGUCCGUCUACAUGAUUCCACCUCUGCAUGGGCCAAAGCCAAACCCGCAAAGUCUGUACCACAUUCCUUCUGGCCAAAGUUUACCUCCUCUUGGGGUCAAGCCAGAAGUAAACAUUAAGCCCCCAGCACUAGCACAAAAACAGUCUGCAAUAUCUGGGGAGGAUGUGUACCAAGUGCCACCUUUAAGUGUGGGGCAAAACCAGGCAUCUUAUUCUGUUGGGCCAGGCACUGGAAAGGAUGUGUACCAAGUGCCCCCUUCUCUAGAGAAGAAGACCUGGGAGGAUAGCACUACACUUACAACUGCUACUCAAGAAGACCCAGUCUAUGUCUAUGAUACAAUGAAGAAAGACCAUGAUAAGUAUGAUCUUCCACCCAGGCAUCCAUUUUCAACUCAGCAGGAUGUAUAUGAUGUGCCUCCUAUUCGUGACAAAUACAACACCCAGGUCUAUGAUUUCCCACCCACAGUUAGUAAAGACAUUUCUGCCACUCAUCUAAUAAAAGAUGAGACCUAUGACGUGCCAUCCCAUCUGACCAAAAAGAAACUCCCAUCCUCCACUCUUCCUGGCCAGUACAUGAUUAGUAGUCUAAAUGAAGACCAAAAAGCAAAGCAAAUUUCUGAAGAUGUAUAUGAUGUCCCACCACCUACAUUAUCCAAAAAACAUGGCGAACGAGAUAAAGUUCCCAAUCUGACUGAGAUAUACAGUUUUCCAGCUAGCAUGCGCCAUGUAGGUCAACCUACUAUUGAUGUGUAUGACAUCCCAAGAGAGCAAGAAGAGCGGGAAUGCGCAAAUAUCUACGACAUACCACCACAGGUCGUCCGCGAUGCCCAAUUCCCAAGUGAAGAGCUGACCAGACCGUUCAAAAGACACUCCGCCUCAAGCACAGGGAGCACACAAAGCAACAACUCUGCUUCAUCCGUGGAUUUGCUUCCCGUCACUGACAAUGAGAUGUACUCCUCAUCUCCUGCUCCUGGUUUAUUCCCUGGAAAACCCCUCCUGUUAGACCUGGAUCCAGCCAUGGAGCGCCUUUCCCGCCUUCACCAAGCUGUUGAGUUAAGCGUCUCUAUAAUGAUGUCGUUCAUCACGAGCAACUGGCGAAGCCCGGAUAACCUGGAGGGGAACCUCCCAGCUAUCCGUCAGGCUGCCGAUCGGGUUUGCGUCACUCUCCGAGACUUUCUGGAAUUUUCCCGGGGUGCUGUAACAAAUGCCAGCCAGGCUACCGACCGCUCUCUCCAGACCAAAUUGGGCCGACAGGUGGGCAAAUUGGAGGAGGUCUUUCAGAGUUUAAUCACACAGACUCAGAAUUUAGAUGCCGUUUCUUGGUUACAUACAGAACUCGCCAAACCACAACAAGGUGAUGUCUUAGACCAACUAAUAAUGACAGUGCGAGGAAUCCCAGAUGACGCCAAACAGCUCACUUCCUUUCUGCACGGCAAUGGCUCGUUACUCUUCAAACGGAGUCACCAGCAGUUACCGCUUCCUCCGUUGCCAGGAGUGAUUAGCUCAGAGAGUGCGAGCUAUCCACCGGGAGAAAAGCUAAACAUUCAGUCACGGCCGUUACCCUCGCCUCCAAAAUUUGCCGCUGCAGACCAAGAAGGAGGUGAAGACAGGCUUUAUGACACCACCGAGGAGGGAUGGAUGGAGGACUACGACUAUGUGCAUCUGCAGGGUAAGGAAGAGUUUGAGAAGAGUCAAAGACAACUGAUGGAAAAGGGAAGAAUCAUCAAAAGCAAGACGCAAUUGGAGCAGCAGCAGAUGAAACAGUUUGAACGACUGGAGAAGGAAGUGAGCCGACCCAUCAACAACGACUUAACCGGUUGGGUCCCUUCUUUGAUUCAUGCUCAAAACGGCUCCUCAAAGCUCUCCCAAUCUGACCGCCAACUCCUCCUUUUCUACCAAGAGCAAUCCGAGCAGAAUUUUACAACUGUCAACAAUGCAAUCGAUGCCUUUUUUACCGCCGUCAACUCCAAUCAGCUGCCUAAGAUCUUCGUGGCUCACAGCAAGCUGGUCAUCCUGAGCGCACACAAGCUGGUUUUCAUCGGAGACACGUUAUCCCGUCAGGCCAAGUCGCCCGAAGUCCGAGCCGAGGUCGGUCGGAGCAGCAACGUCCUGUGUAAUAAACUCAAAGACAUUGUCAUCAGUACAAAAACGGCGGCGCUGCAAUAUCCGUCACCUGGAGCGACCAGGGAAAUGAGUGAAAAGGUGAGAGAACUGGCAGGAUGUACACAUCAAUUCAGAAUGGUGCUGGGACAGCUGCUGUCGCCAUAG